UCUCUUUUGUUUUCGUUUAGCUCCAGUGACACGUGAAGUGCGAGAAUGAAAAGUUAUCAAGUCGAUUAAGUUGCUCGUUUUAGUAUUUUUUACAUGUAGUGUGCGGUUGGUUUUAUUACAGGUAAUUCUGUCCGUUAGGAAGCACACAUCCCAUCUGCUGCACUGGAAAACACCGUAAAUCAAGAUGACAUCACUAGCACUGUCUCGGGUUUACCGACAGCUACUCAGUCGAACUUCUAGCGGAAUUUACUUUCCUCUAAUACCUACUCGAAAUCUCAACUUGCUAGAGUAUCAGAGUAAAAAGCUGCUGGCAGAGAGUGGCGUAGCCAUUCAAGCUUUUCGUGUGCUAGAGGGAAAAAAGGACGAAGCUGUGCUAAAGGACUUCAACGUCAAUGAAUAUGUCGUGAAAGCACAGAUUCUCGCCGGAGGCCGGGGCAAAGGUCAUUUUGAUAAUGGAUUCAAGGGAGGCGUUCACAUUACUAAAGAACGCUCGCAGGUGAUUCCGUUGAUAGAAAAAAUGGUGGGUGCAAAGCUCAUUACCAAGCAGACACCAAAGGAUGGGAUAUUGGUGAAAAAGGUAAUGGUGGCUGACAGUAUAAAUAUUGUUCGCGAAACGUACCUGUCGAUUGUGAUGGAUCGAGAAAACAACGGCCCAGUCAUAAUUGCAUCUCCUGCAGGGGGAAUGGAUAUCGAAGCAGUGGCAGAAAAGACCCCGGAGAAGAUUAAAACCGUUCCGAUUUCGAUCAUAGGAGGAAUUUCGCAUGACCAAGCUGAAGAGAUUGCCCGGUUUCUAGAAUUUAAGGGACCUUUGGUGGAGAAGGCAGCAAAUGAGAUUGAAAAAUUGUACAAAUUGUUCGUCAAGGUAGAUGCCACCCAGAUCGAGAUUAAUCCACUGGCGGAGACAGACGAUGGUCGAGUGAUCUCUGUUGACGCAAAGCUGAACUUUGACGACAACGCAGAGUUUAGGCAGAAGGAAAUAUUCGCCAUGGACGUGCACGAAGACACUGACCCGAAGGAGCUGGAAGCCAGCCGGUAUAAUCUCAACUAUAUCGCAAUGGAAGGAAACAUUGGUUGUUUGGUGAAUGGUGCCGGAUUAGCCAUGGCCACCAUGGACAUCAUUAAAUUGAAUGGCGGCAGUCCGGCCAACUUUUUGGACGUCGGCGGUAACGUGACUGAAGAUCAAGUACUGAAAGCAUUCCAAAUUUUAACUUCCGAUCAGAACGUGAAAGCCAUUCUGGUAAACGUUUUUGGCGGUAUCGUCAACUGCGCAACGAUUGCCAACGGAAUAGUAAACGCCACCAAAACGAUCGGACUGAAGGUGCCACUGGUUGUGCGGCUGGAAGGCACUAACGUGAACGCUGCUAAAAAGAUUCUCCAGGAUUCGGGGCUAAAGAUUGAUUCGGCAGUCGAUUUGGAUGAUGCCGCACGCAAGGCCGUUCGAGCGAUCAGUUGAAGCAUGGGUGUUUACAUGCAAAUGAGGUUCGAUUCUAAUGGGCUAGGCAGUAAUUUCGGAACACAGGAUGAAUGAGGUCCAUGGGACCGCAGCCGAUCAACAAAAGACAGAUUGUUGGUGCAUUUUUUUUUCUUGAUUUUAAAUACACUUUUUAGAGAACGAAUAGAGUUAUAAGUUUUUCCUUAAAAUUGCCACUUCAAAUAUAGUACAAGUCAUUUUUUUCUA